CAAUAAAGUCAAUUGUUUGACUUAUUUUCAUAAAGAAUGUGUGCAUUUAUAAUCUCCAUACCAUUAUUGUAAUGUCGGUACAAGCGAUGUGACCACUUGAAAAAAAAUUGUUGAUUGUUUGAAGCUGAAAAAAAUGCUGAGUCGAAGAUCUUUCACGCUGCUGCUCAUUGGCUUGGUGGUAUCCGAGUUCUUAGUCGUGGAUGUGAUUGGAGCACCUUCCGUGGAAGAAAUAGCAAAAGCUCUGGAGCAGAACAAACCAGACGUGAACAAAAGAGACAAAAGUGGAAAGACAGCUCUGCAUAGAGCUGCUGAAUCUGGUAAUGCGAAGGAAGCAAAAAAACUCAUCGACAAUGGAGCCCAUGUUGAUAUUGGAAAUCAUUUUGGUUUGACACCUCUUCAUUUUGCCGCUUCCAAUGGUCACAAAGAUGUCACUAAAGUGCUCAUCGACAAUGGGGCCUACAUUAAUCAUGAAGAUGAUAUGAACCUGACACCUCUUCAUUAUGCUACUAAAAAAGGUCACAAUGAGUUGGCUCAAUAUCUCCAGGGAAAUGGUGGACGAAAAUGAAUUAGCUGCAUAAUCGGAUGAUUUCCUUCGACUCCCGUAUUCGAUUGUCCUGUAGAAUAUUAUUUUCAAUACAUUUUUUGUCAAUCUUUAACCAUACCGAUACUGUUGCUUUGUU